UAGAAUAGCAAUAGUAAUAGUAGUAGAAUGUAUUCAGCAUAGGAGUCGAAUAUUGCUCGAGUGUCGUUUAGAUCUUUAUUUAAUUAUUUUAUUCCAUCUAGAAUCUAGAUUCUUACAUAUAUACAUAUGUAUUUUUAAUUCCCGUUAAAUCAUCGACGGUUUUCAAUUUUUCACACACAAAAUUUUUCCACUUUUUCUCUUUUACUACUACAUUCUGUAUUUUUAUGCAUUUGUGGGCGUGAGUGUGAAACAAAUUUAUGCUCAGAUCUCAUUCUUUCAGUUGCACUGAUAAAAAUAUGAAUUUGCAUAAAAAAAUCCGCAGUCUAUUUAUUACCAUCACAUUCCGUAAAUUAUCUUACAGAUUUAACAAAUUGUACAAAAUAAUUGCUUCCGAGGAGUAAACGUUUUAGAAGUUUUGCCGGUUCCUCAGCAGUAAUGGUCUGUAUUUAAUCAGACCGCCUACGGGAAAUCCCUGGAAGGAAUUCCUUUUUCUUUUUAUGUUCUACUAACGCACUGUGUCCUCUCCAUAGCUAUCUCGUCAUUAUCCUCUUAUUUAUCAUUACUUUGCGAUCGUUUAACGUCAUCGAAGGAGUCUAGCAGAUAAGAUUCGCGUUAAUAGAUUUUUCCUGUUUUCCUCUUUAAUUCCAUCCCUUUUUCUUUCCACUUCCAUAAAAUAUCGAGUUUCAAUCGUUUUCGUUUCGUUCCCUCUUUACGUUCGGGUUUACCGCUUAGUAUUCGAUAUCGAAGAACGCAACAAGUCUCCACCGUAAUCAAAUGGCGAAUCCGGAUUCGAUUAUUUUAUUUGUCCUCUAUCUUUUAUUUUUUCCCCCAAACGGUACGUGUAGGUGGUCAAAAUAUCGUAGUGGCGAUAACACUACCAUUUUAUUUCUCGGUCAAGUGGUCGUGUUCCAACGAUUCGGUAUAGAUCAAUGCGAUUCGUUCACGAUAAUGAAACUACCUGGGAAAAUGGGAGACACGAUCGUUUGCGCCAUUUUUACGGAUCUUUUCGAUGGCCGCGCCGUUCUAAACUUUCGAAUAAGUUUGGCGAGAAACUUUUUUGGUCCCCGUUUUAACACGAGAAUUGCCGAUAAUUAAAACGAAAUAUUUGAAUUGUACAACGAAAUAGUAUUGCAUAGUUUGGACAAAUAAAUAAAUGUCUGGUGUCAAAUAAAAGUGGCCUUAAAAAGUAACCUUUUUAAUAUUAUAAUAAAGAUAUCAUAAAACAAUUCCGAAUUUUGAUCUCUUGAUAUCUUUUUUCAUAAGAUUAUUUGUCCUCGCAUACUACAUGAAAAUCAAUAAUCAUAGAUAAUUCAUUAGCGAUCUCUCGCUUUUCAUACUUCUCCAUUUUCUCUAUUUUAAUUUGAUAAAACUCCUAUAGUAACAAUUUUUAUCGUUUUAAACUCAACUCGGAAGAACUUCGGUACUUAAGGAUGAUCUCGUGAAAAGUAUCUGUACACGACCGAUUAGACAGGAAAAUAAAAAGAUCCGAGACCAUGUAACCUACUGAAGGAUUUAAUAGUUCCCCUGUUACAAGAUUCUAAAUCCUGGGUAUUAAAUGAAAUUUUUCUUUAAAUCCCAGCAUCUUCCCGCAAUCUUUUCCUAGAUUCAAUUUCAAAUCCUUUAAAAUCCCGUCUUAUCAAAUCCUUCUUAGCAAUAUCCACGAGUUUACCAACGAUAGAUAGAAUUUCAAAAAAUACGCUGGCGUAUUUUGUAUCGCGAUAUCGGUUACGAGCGCGACAGGUUCGAGCGUAGAAUACCGAUGUGCCAAUUAGAAACAUCGACGCGUUCCAUUCACUUUCGCCGAUGAAAACGAAGAGAGCCCGUUUGAAAGCAAUGAAAGUAAGAUGCGUAAGGAGGAUUCGCGAUGGUCGCGAGGGAAGGAUGCAGUUCUGCUUGGCCGUGGAACUCGUUCAGCAGGGUAAUCGAACGGACGGACCAAGCUGCGAGCCGUGGAAUGAACCGGACCGGUCUACCGUAGUUACUCUCCGUGGUAGACAAUGCCUGGUAUCGAUUAGAAAGUAGAUAAUAUGCACGACACGACGUGUAUACUCGACACAAGGAGGUUAUCGUUCUUGUGCUUCCAAGCAUCGCACAGUUUUGCUUCUGUGCUUCUCGAGAAAGGUAAGAUGAAGGGAAACUAUCGACGACCAUGGCGAUCUCGCGAUAAACGAGUCGCUGUGAAUUGUAAUAAAUUAUGCAUAACAUCGAGAGAAUGGUAAAAGGAUAUCCGAACAAAUAGGAGGCUUGGAAAUACAAAUUACACAAGAUAAUUGAAAAAUGCAACGAUAGUUCAUAGAAUAGUUUAGGUUUUACGAUAAUAAACUUAUUCGAGAGCUAGAUGUUUGUUAAUUAUUUCCAAUCACUGGACGAUAUUAAAUCGUUUAUCUGGCACUUUACCUGUAAGCUUUCAUCCGUAAACUUUGUGCUUUGGAGUUUACUAUAAAUUUUCAGCGCGAGAUAUUUACCGUUCAGUUUCUCUUGAAGCGCGGAACGUGCCGCCGAGUGUACCAUCGCAUUUCUCUCUUACAAAUUUCACCCAAAGUUGCCGAUUGCGUAACUCUUUCUAAAGUCUAGUCACUGUCUUGUAUCCUUGUAACGAAUUACGAGUCGCUCGACGAAUCUUUCGAAACUUCCGAGAAGAGAAUAUCACGAAGGCUAUGAUCCCGGAAGAUCUGAGAAUCGACGAGGGUCAGGCAGAGAUCGUAAAAGAAUCAGAAUUAAAGAGAAGACAGUGGCUGGGCAGAUCGAGUGGCAAGGUCUUUAAACGAUCGCUUAAUCCUAUUUGAGGCCUACUUUUGAGCCGAUCCAGAGGAGAAAGUAAGAGGAGCAGUAUGUACUAUACAUAUAUAAAAGAGAGGAGCGACGGUGGUCGCGUGCUUGAGAAAGUAAAGUCUCGUUUACACGUAAGAGGCCGGCCGUGCGUUUUUACAGACACUCACACAUUACGCCGGAAUAGGAUUGCGAUUACCACAUUUUAAUUUUCUUGAAAUUUCUGGGUCGAGCAAGAGGGAGUCCCCAUUAUCCUUAUUUUUGUUUCUUCUUUGAUCUUGAAAGUGGGCCGAAAACAUAACGAACGCCGGCUGCCUUUUACGCGUUGCGAUAGCGUUUAACGUGACCGAGAGGUUCUGCGUAUAAUUGUCUCGUUGAGUGGCUAAUUGUCGUAAAACACAGAUAUUAUGGAGUUCCUUCCUUUCCCUGACAAAAGACUAACUGACAAAGUAUAGUAAAAUAUGAGCAUAUAUCAUGAUAGAAUAGCCUGCUACCAUAAUGAAGUAGAAACUGGAAUAAAUUAGAGCGAUGUAGAUGGAUGUAGAUAAUUUCCAGUAUUAAUAAACCGUGGUUAUAUACGCUGAUUUUAUGCAUAUAUUAUGAUGUACAGUCUGGUGUAUUCCGGAGAACGCAGCGGGAAGCUUUCAUUAGCAACUCCUAUGAGAUUAAUGCGACUAUUGUAAUAAAGAUGAGAUGGCCGAAAGAAUUUUCGUGCAUAUUUAUUACGCUUUCCUCGAUCCAAGGUUUCUGUACAAACGUUGCAUGAAAACCGAGAAUGCGACGUUGUUUUGCCAUUGCUUUCUAAGAGAAGUAGGUUUUGUUUUCGAUUACCAGAUAUCUUUCUCAGCAGCGAUAUAUUCAUCGUGUCGUAAUUAAUUCCGUAUGCGUCGAUGCAAAUUGAAAAUAAUAUUACUGCAACGACAUAUUCGACGACUAUGUGACAUCAUUCCAUUCUUAUCGUGAUGUCACCCCAAACGUGAUGACCAUAACACUUUCCCCUUUGGAUUUCUUCAGUUUGUCAACUUCUUUUUGCUUCGUUUCGAACAUUAACUAUUCUUGUCACAAUAGGAACUUAGCAUUCGUUCGAAGAAAUUUGUCAACAAAUCGUUAAAAGGUGGCGUAGGAUUGCGUUAAUGAGAUUUUCUUCUUCGCAAUUACGACGUGGAAGCAUCGAUGUUAAUUGCAGAUUUACAGCGUAUCCUACGUGAAUCGGUGCAAAUGAUCGCAUUUAGGAGCACGCGUUUCGCAUUACUGACCAAGUUUCGCUUAUAUAAACGAUAAAUCGACAUUUACCGCGUACUCUGCGAUAGACACGGUUAACGAACUGCAAUUAUGUCGAGAUUGUGUUUUCUGCGGGUCCAGGCUGGUUCUGUUGCUCCGAUUAUAAGCCCGUGAAUGUUUCGUUAUUCCUCCGGAUGCAUAAAUAUGUAAAUCACCAUGAUUUUACGGAACGAUUCGACGGCAAUGCUUAUCGUACCGACAUUUAUAGCUUGGAAAAUCGGAAUCAAUUUCGCUGAUUUGCGUUUUGAUGAAAAUGUUACGUGCAAUUCCAUUACAUUCACUGCAUCAUUUAUAAAACAUAAAUAUCACAGGUACUGGCCUAAUAUUAAAGGCGUUUCUGUGAAUUUAUGCGCCAUAAAAAUAAUUAAUCAAACGAACAUCUCGAUCAUUGCAGCUUCCAUUCGAUGACGCAUCGCGUCAUCUCCAUUAAGUUUAUUCGAUUAAACGAUUAUACGAUUCUGACGAUCGAGGCUUUAUUCGAUGGAAAAGAUUUAAAUACACUUACCCAUGAAUGUUUAUUUAGAGGGAGUGCAAAGGAAAUAUUAGACUUUCCAGCUCACGGAGAAAGUUAUGCGCUAACGGCUGUGCAUGCGGUGUACCGCAGGCUCGUCUAGAUAAAUAAAAUGUGCGACGAUGAUCCAGCGAAUGUUGCUUCUGCUUCUGCCAGCUUCGACCUAGUUUUUUUCUCUUUCGAUCUGCUGCAAUUCAUUGUCGGUGAACGCGUGCUGUGUUCAAUAAAAACCAGCUGUUCGCUAGAUAUUUAAUUCAGUCAAGAUAAAUAACACUCUCGAUCUUAAAUCACCACGUUGUGUAGUUAGACCAAGUUAAACAUCGUUACACUCGUUUGCACACAAGAUAGCACGUAAGAUCUCUUCUUUCCGCAGAGUGUCAAAAACACAAAGAUUAAGAACUUUGAUACAGCUGCUAACUUCGUUGAUACAUGAUUCACUCGGCGCGUAUUCCAGCCGUAUAAAGCUAGGUGAAAACUAGGUUUCCUAAAAGAAUUUCUAUUACCCUUCUUACGCAUACACGAGUGUAUAGCGUCAGAUGGACGAUAUAAAUGUAACCUUAACCUGGGAACGGCUGAAUCACAGAAACGCUCGAUUGUUCCGCUGUUUUCCAUUCAACGUCGCAGUACAAUGGCGCAAAAGUGACACGGCCGAGAUAAAUUUCACGCUUAUAAUUAUAUACUGCCAGAAUUUCAGCCGGCAUCGAGAGUUAGAGCACGUAGAACAAUUGGAUUCUCGACAACAGACCCAAUUAUAGAUCGGUUCGUCUCGACCAUAUAUGUACACUCGUGUACUUACACGUCACGUCUCGUCGCCUGGAAACCUAGAAAACGAAAAAGGCGAAAAGGUGCGCGAAACUGUUGCUACGAUCGCGUCGAUCGGUCGAAGAAAAAUGGAGACAAUGGAACGUCGGAGGAUAAGCCACGGGAAGUGAUAUUGUCGUAGGCGCGACAGUUUGGAAUUUUAUCUAGAGGCGCUUUCGCCUGCUCGUUUUGAACAGCGUCACCUAAAUUCACGACUUCCGUCCCCCGGAACGCUCUUACUUUCUUCAUCGAUACGCUCCCUCGUAACACGUUGUCACGCAAUAUACUUGUUUUCGUACGUCCGGAUGUCUUCUGACUAUUAGAGAUCGAAUAAUUAGUGCCUCGAGACACUGGCCUCACGCUCUGAUGAAUGAAAACGAGGAAAGUUCGUGGUUUCGCGUGCAACUACGCACGAGCAAGUUCGAACUAAGUACAAUGGUAAAAUACAAGGAUGGAUAUGUUAAGAUCUAAGAAAUGCUAGAACGAUGAUUUUCUUGUCUAUUCGAAGAACGAACGAACAUUCAGACGUUCUUUUUUUUCCGACCAAAUACUUUUACCGUGUAACGUGAAUAGAACGCGAUCAAAGCGAACGAUUGAAAGAAUUAAUUAAACGGUAAUUACAAAGUUCCUGGAUUCGUUCGAAUUUCAAGAAUUCCGCAUACUUCCAGCUUGACUUACGUGGCGGUCCUUGAGGAGCCGUAUCACCAAAACGGAUGUGAGCGCUCCGACAGAGUUACGCGAGAGAAAACAUUUACACUAGGAUAUUACGCGAGAAAAAAUGACGUUAGCCGAUCGGUCUCCAAAUAAACGGCCUCUUAGUUCGACGAUGAAAUUGCAAAAUUCCAUAUCGAUUACGAGCGUUGGCCACUUCACCUACAACUUUGUUCCGUCAAGAAUUAAGAGUCGUUACCCUUUUGAAUUGGCUCAUCGUUGUCUUUUAGAGAAGUCACGCAUGUAUAAAGCGGACGAAUAGGAAACGUGGAUGGUGGCACGAACUUUCUCAAAACUAGAUUUCUCGACUGCAAAGCUUGGAGAUGUGUGAUUUUUGAUCUCCUGGCUACGUGUGAUCUAGAAGGCAGAGAAUUGUCGAAAACACGGGUCCCCACCGACUCUCCUGCUUGGGCCACAGAUUUGUCUUCCACUUUCACCGCUCUUUAAAAGAAUUAUUCGUAGAAUAAUCGCUAGUCUGUAGAGGUUUACGCGUUUGCGAGAAAUUUCGAUGUACAUAAUAUGUAAAGAUACAAAUUAUUCAUUCUAAUAGCGUGAAACAAAUUUUCAUCUAAAUUUCGUUUCCAUAAUUGCGUCGAUAAAUAUAUGAAUCUGCAUAAAUAUCUGCAGUAUAGUAAUCGUAUGUUGAUUCGAGAAUAUUAUUUAAGCAUCAGGAAACGUAGUAGCAUGUAACAUUGUCACGGCAACGAAUUUCAAUCGAGUAAAAAAUAGGGGAAGAAAUGAGAAGGAUCUAUUUGUAGAUUUAUGAGAUUUAACGAGAAGCUGUAUACUUGGACUUUCCAAUUGCUCACACUAGGUUUGAUUAGAUAUCGAUUUCUUCUCAAUCUUUUAUACGAGAAUCUUCGUUUCACAGGCGAGAUUUUCACAUUGGCUCGUGGCCCGCGGGCGUAAUCGAAUCGAACAACGCUGACAAUCGACCUUGCAGCGGUUUUCUCUUCAUGCUCCUGUUCAGAGGCACAAUGGCCGGCGUUUAUUUUUUUCUCUAGAAUUAAUAGUCGCAGUUAAUUGCCUGGAAUCACUUCCUAACUAUUUUACGGAACGAGCAACCCGUGUAAAAUCACCGUCGAAACAGGAAGAAAGCUUUCAACGUUGACAAUGAGAAGACGAUUUGGAAAUCAGUUCGUGGAAAGGAAGAAGUCCUAUUUGUUUCAAGUUUAGUGUCUUUCGAUGAAGACCAGUGACGUUUGGCCAUUUUAUCGUCUGUAGGUUUGUUAAGUAUCCAGCUAAAAAGUUUCACUGUAUAGGUCAUGAUUGAAACGUCGAAGACUUCACAUUUGAAGUUUUUUCUGUUAUAUCCUCUUUAAUAAGAAUGUUCUAGCAGGUUUCCAUUUUUCAAGGUAUGUUGAAAUAAUUGAAAUUCUCCGCGUUUUUUAUCCUUUACGUAAAGAUAUGUCAUACAGACUGUUACAAAGCAACGAUGAAACGUUUUAAAUUGAAUGACAAGAAAAGAAAGACGACACAACGAUAUAACAAAUUUUAACUCUCCUGGAUGUUUCGAGACAUAGUAAAUAGAAUGUUUUAACUAGAAAAUAUACAAACAGAUUACUUUGAAGAUACAAAUAGCAAUCGUCUACAAGUCUAGUAGACAAAAGUUUCAUGUCUCGCCAGAAAAUUUAAGUAGCCCUGGAGGAAAGCACAUCUCGCGUGUCGUUCAUUUACGUUGUCAAUUUAACAAGAAACUUUCCCACCCGCGCGACUAACACUUACUCAGACUUUCUUCUCGCAAGUACGUCUUCUUUAAGAGAAGAAACCCUUAAGCGGCGCCAAAACCGCAAUCCGUCUAUUAUUUACGAACGAACGUUCCAAUUUCAACGCAAACUUUUGCCGACCUUUCUAUCUUCUCUAAUUUGAAACCCCUUAUUUGCGAAAUCGAAUAACUCCACGAAACAAAAGAUAAAGAAGAUUGGUGAAAUCAUGUAAGACAAGUAUCGAUCAAACGUUUUGCUCCUAAAAUUUCAAAAAUUUCGGAAAGUGGAGUUAACCUAUUUUUCGCCAGUGAACAUGACUCAUUUGUCUCGACAUUCCCUGUUUCCUCCUCUUCCCUGUUUCGUCUACCACUUGCAGCACUUUAACAAAGUUUAGAAAAACCUUCAUUUUCCUAUUACCAAUAUUCAGAGUGAAGGUUAACAACGUUAACGCGAUGAAUCACGAUUCUGAAGAACAACGAAGAAGAAGGAAACGCUGGUUGGAUCGAAGGACUAUGGUAUCCUUCCGAUCGCUCGAUUUUCCCGUUCGAUUACACAGAGAGAAGACUCGAGCAGCCGGUGUGGACCUGGUGGGGGACACACGAGAGAGUUUUACCUACCGAAAUGAAACUACUCGCCGGAGAAAGUGAGAGCCGACGUAGCGGACGGUGGGCAACGACGAGCAGGCGACCGGGGCUCCUCGAGACGAGAGGAUAGACAUGGUGCAGGCCCUCCAUCGUGUGCAUCUUCCUUGUUCCUCGAAAAAACUCUUGGUUCGAUCGUGACCGUUUUGAGAUCCAAUGGCCGGGAAAAUUUAGGAAAAGUCUGGUGAAUCCACGGUGAAGAAACUCAGGCAGAACUGAAAGAACAUUUCCAAGUAGAUUCAUCUCUCGCGCCGGUUCUUUUCUCCAUAAAGGAACUUGAAGAUCGACGUCGGUCGAGAGAGAAGAAAAAUAGUCAAAGUGCGAAGAUGAUAAGAAACUAGUGAAGAAGCAUGAAGCAGGUCUCUGGUGACUGUGACGCAAUGUUGAUACAUAGCUGAGUUAAUUCGAUGUAAAAGUCGCGAUAGAUAGAUCGUGGAUCGAAGGUGUCGCGACGUAUCAGUGAGAACCGUUGUGUUAUGGUGGUGAGGACUGUUCAGGAUCGACGUGGAAGAAAAAGAGGAAGAAGAAGAGACGGUGGCGAAGCUGGGGGGAGGUUCUUUUGAGGAAUCGCUUUUUGGACGGCGAAGGGGAACAGAAGACUAAAACUUAGGGGAAGAAGAUUACAAGAGCGAGAUUGAUUUGGUUUGACAGAUCGGUAAGUAACAAAGGUAUCGCUGAGUCCUGUUAGAGACGACACUUAAAAAUCUCGAUAAAGUUUUUAGUUCAAUUUUUAAGACCAAGAACUUAUUUUUCAACACUUUCGAGAUUUCUAAAGAAGACAUCGAAGGUACAGAAAGGUGAAAGAUACUAACUCGUACAUAAAGUAGAGGAUAAAAAAAGGAAUAGUAAGCGGUUAAAAAUAAUUAGAAACUUUCAUUGAAUUCGAUGCGUUGGGACUUGUAAUACAAUACUCACGCGAUGGUCAUUGGAAAAAUUAAGUGAAAGUGAGAAGGACUGGAUCGGCUUUUGAAAGAAAGCCCGUAUCACCAGCCUACUCACCGAGUAAAACGUACACAAGGUAAGAUAGGUAAAUGAAACUAGCGAUUUUAAUGGUUGAGCGAAGUAGUUAUUACCAAUGAAUAAAUCGCUGGUCGUUCUCGCGACAUUAGUCGUGAUUUCGGUUUCCACGUAUGGCAAAUUAAUGGACAGAAAUUCAGCACUAAUGACGUUUAACAGGAUUCGAUUAUCACUUAAUGACAUACGACCAUGCAACGAAGUAAUCGGAUUUCUAUGAUUGAAAGUAAUUCGAUCAAUCAGAUCUAGUUUCUCAUGCAAUUACAUGGUAUCGUUUAAAACAUGUAUAAAACAUAGGAAAAAUGUUCUAAAGCUAUUAAAGUACUGAAAUUCCUUUUGAUCUAACGAAGAACUUUCACGAGUUUUGCAAAAAGUACUAUUCAUGAUAUGACAGUAUUCGAACAUUAUUCAGAGUCUGGGACGAAAAAAGCAUUCGUAGAUAGACGGCAAAAGGACCAAGAGAGAAAAGUGAGAUCUCUCGUUGCGAAUUGGCAAUGUCUCGUGGCUAUCGAAAUGCUCAACUUUCCGACCUCGUAGCCAGUGAAAGUACUUCCGUUCUUUUCCAAAACGAGACAAGCAAGGGGACGAGCAUUAAGGAUGCACGCUUCGGUACCGUUCUACGGAUUGCCUAAACACCACUCCCUGUUUACGUAACAUCGUUUGAUAGAAGUUUGAAGAGAAACGUGUGUCCAGCCACGAAACACGUCGUUCCAUCUGACGAUCCUCUAUCACCGUACAUGGAAACGGUAGCGAACGUUCCACCGCGUCCAUGCCUCGUUCCUUACGAUUAAUUUCGUUGAAUAUAUUUCGAGUUCAAUUAAAAAGCUUGUCUGUCGUUGAAUACCAGAUGGCUCGUGCAUUAUCAAGGUGUAUCGGGAUUCAUGAAUAUUCAAUCGAUGGUAUGCGCGUUAUCCGACACACUUUUUCCCCAUUUUCAUCUGGCUGAGAUUACGCUGUUUAUGCGCGAAUUAAUUUCUCCUAGAAAGUAACAAUGCAGAUCGUUCCGCGAUCACUGAGAUUGCUCGGUACUAGACGCGAGAGGAAAGAAUCGACUUUACAGCGGAGAAUAAGAAUCGCUUUUUAACCAAGAACGAACGAUGAAGAAGAAAAGAACCGCGAGGAGAGCGGUCAACGAGGAAAAAUACACAGGGAGAAGACGAAGAAAAAAUUCGUUACACAAUGGAAAGUGUUCGUCAUGAAAGGGUAUCUGGUGAACUAGACCGCGAACAAGCGUAGCUCUUUCAAGGCCACGAAGAAAGAGCAGAAGUUGCAACGUUCAGAUUUCUUCGAACCGGUUUCCUUCGAAAGGUGGGACGCGUACUCGCGCGUAUCCACGGUGGACGUAAGCGUUAAAGGGCCAAUCAGGCUGCUGUCAUUUCUAUCGAAAAUCGAGAGGGAAAAAAGGGCAUGAUGCGCGCCCGCGAUCUGGAUAUUACCAUUUCCAGAGGCCGGCCCCGAGUAGCAGUUAUACUCUUUCGACGAGAGAACGCUUUUUGCUCGUUCGCUUUCUUCUGAGCCGAGCGAUCCAAGUGAAUUGACCCGUUGAGCCUUGUUAUCGUUUAUUGCCGUUUUGCAGAAAUUACGGUGCUAUUAAGCAUCGUAUAAAUACCGAUCGAACAAAGUAAACAACAGCCAUAUCGAGCACUCAGCUCGCAUUAUCUCUAGUAUAGAUACAUAUAUUUAUUUAAAACAAUUUUCUCUUGAUCUAAAUUUUACUAUUUUCUAGUUAAACGAACAUAAAGGAAAGAUUAUUUUAUUCCAUGCUCGUGUGUUGAAAAAUGUUCUGUCUUAUUUACGUUCUCGAUCGCCGUUGGUGGAUCGUGCAAAGAAAACGGGGCCGGGAUCGGACGAAAACAAAAUUUCACGCGCCGCGCGCUUCUCUUUUUUUGGCUUUUUUUCCAUUUGCUUUCGGCGAAAGUAAAACGGCGCCUGUGCGCUUUGCAGAGAAAGUAAUGGAUCGCGCUCUUAAUGUCGGUUCACACGGAAUUCAGGAUGUGGACACCCGUGUGGCGCCAAUCGGCUGGUACCGGACAGCACCAACGAUAUAAACGACAGACAGAAAGAGAGAGAUAGGAGAGAGAGAAAAGCCAGAAGAGAAAGAGAAGAAGAGACGCGGGAUACACGCGAGAUCAACGCACGUGGGCUUUCACGAACAGCUGGGAAACGAAGCUACAAUUAUGCGUGCGGUGUGUAUCUCGUUUACAGCGACGUAUACAGGAGACGAGAGAAGAAACUCUCUGUACUUUCGACCAUCAGCCUGCACGAUAGAGUCAGACUAGUCGUAGAAAGGUGAAAGUUCGUGCGAUGCAGCUUCUAGAUCGCCUUUUGCAUCGUUUACUUUGUGAUUUUUUUGCCCCUGUCACUUUUCCUUCGAUCGAGUUCGGGGAACCGACGAUUUUCCCGUGAUCGUUUCUUCUCAUAGAUCUUGUUAUCUAUCCGCUUUUGACAUUUAUACUUCUGGCUGCAAUCUGUAAGAUCGAAACAGCAGCGAAAUAUAUAUUUUAAUAGUAACAUUUCGUAACAGAGGGGAAAUUGAUUAUGAUAUAUGCGUUUCGUUGGUAGCGAGUAUCAAGAUGAAUAAUGGCGAGGGUAUUAAAAUGUCGACAGCUUUCAUUUUCUCUCGAAGAACCAGUGACAUGGUUGUAUUUUCUCCUCCUUAACAGAAAUCAAAGAGCCGAGAAAAAAGAAAACGAGAAAGACAAUAAUUAAAAUAUUAUCGAGUCGCAGGAGCAUUAAGGCGAUUAACAGGUUCGAAUCUAGUCGGAAACUGGAAUAUGUUUUCUACCGGGUUUCACUUUUCUUGCUAUUUUUUUUUUUUUCUCGAAUGCCAGGCUUCUUUCGAUAACGUUCAUUAAGAACUUGACAAUUCCUUGUAAGUCGUAUUUCAGAUAAUUUUUAUUAGUACAUAAAGCAUACUGACUCGUAUACUAACGUUUCGUUUUAUUGAUUAGAUCGGCUAUAGCGACGUUCUAAUUGGCAUGGUAAAACUCUAAUAAGAUAGUAAGAGGACUCGAAGAAUAAGAAGAACAUGGUCGAUGGCUCGUAACUUCCGGCGGAGCGGGUGGCAGCGUGAACAUGAACUUCACACUGUCGUGCAUGCAAGAAGUGCACUUUCACUUCUACACGACAGAGCCAAUGACCUACUAACACAUCGAACCAUUCACUCGCUACCGCGAUGCUAUUCUGGCAAGGACGUUCUACAUCGAUUGUUCGAUGCGUUCGAUUAUUCUUCUUGACUGAAAAAUGGACGAUAUCCAUUGAAAAAUUGCAUAAAAGUAUUGCAACCAUCCUGAAAACUCGCAAUAAAAUCUAUCCUCAGAUACUUCAACUUCAAUUCCUAAAUCAGCUACUAAUUAAUUCUCAAAGAAGUAAUACGACGAAUAAAUUAAUAAUCAAGUUCGAUAAUUAACAUCCAUAAGGGUACUUAGUAAUAUUUAUCCGAUGGAAUUUUACAUUUAUCUGUUGAAUGAAUACUCUUUACAUCGAUUGCUGGCUGCUUCCACCCCUUUUUCUAACUCUAACCAAGAUCAUUCCUUUACCUUGAAAUUCCUCGUCGUUCAUUGACUGUCCUUCGAUCAGCGGACAAUGGGCCCUUCUUUUCGGGCGAGGAUUUUUUAAUCUAUUACGAAAUGGGGUGACAAGGACCGUUACGUGGUUAAAUUGACCUGAACGUGGUUAAACUAGUGAUUAAUGCAGCUGGUACGAUGUUGGCUAUUGCCCAAUCUCGUCUCAGGCCAAUAAAACUCGUGGCGUGGCGUUUUCACUCCUUCUUAAUAUCCUCGAUAACUGACCAACCGGAGGAUGCUGCCCCGUACCAUAAUGAAUCUCCGUGUGUACAAUCCAUGUGUUUGUUUCCUGUUGAGCCUCUUUUUACUUUCACCCGUUACGGAGCCAACGUGACGCAAACAACAUAUUUUCGUCCACUUGAAAAAGAAUCCACUCGAUCGGCUCCAGGAACUUGUUUUCUACUCUCCUGACGCCGGACGCGGACGGUUUCCGGCUUUCUGAAGACGAGUAGGUCAAACGGAGAGCCAAUUUCGAUUCUAUCACGCGAUUUUAAGCUCCAUCUUUCUCUCGCUUUAUACAAUAUCUCGUGAAGGUGUUCUACCACUUGCGGAAAUCUCUUAUUAAUAUAUUACGUAUAAUUCGUAGUAAUAAAGGUCAACUAUUACGAUUAUAUCGAUAAAGUUCCAAACGAACGCGAAAAUGUACAUAGAAAGUACAAGAUAUUAAAUGCAAGCGUAUAAUUCGUAGAGAAUCAAAUUAAUUAUUUGCUUAAUAUUUAUUAUUUAUGAGAUAUUUAACACAGAUUAUACAGGGUGGUUGGUAACUGGUGGUACAAGCGGAAAGGGGGUGAUUCUACGCGAAAAAAGAAAUCGAAAAUAUAGAAUAAACAUUUUUCGUUCGAGGCUUUGUUUUCGAGAAAAUCGACUUUGAAUUUUCGCUCGGUACGCGUGCACUUCAUCGCGUCUCGUUAUAACGGAUCUCACUGUAGAUCGUUGUCUCGAUGGAAAAAUUUAAAAAAAGAAAAAAAUUUUUUGUUCUACAUUUUCGACUUCUUUUUUCGCGUAGAAUCAUCCCCUUUCCGCUUGUACCACCAGUUACCAACCACCCUGUAUAUUUACCGUGACUAUUUAUCCAAUGAAAAUCCUUUUUCGGCAAGUAUUCGAAUAGUUUGAGUCGCGAUAUACUCUGCUUUAAAAACAAAAUUGGAAAUAUUCGACGACGUUACCUUUCGAAAUCAAACGCAACAAUGCAACCUAGUCACGAAUCAUUGCGUGCACUAUAUAGAUGCAGUUAAAAUGGACUUUGGUAUAAAAGGGAUUCGUGUCGGAUAGAAUCUGUUGAGCUGCGUGUUCCGUGGCUCGUUUACCUCACUCACGCGACGUUUCUUCUUUGAUGUUUGGAAGAUCAAUUCUAACGAAAGAUCGAACGAUAAAUCGAAGCAGAUUGGUUAAAAAAUUACUGGAUCGUCGUGAAAGAGGAGAAAAGAGAAUUUAAUUAUCUCGCGUGUCGUUAUAUAAUUACAGCUGUUACGAUCGCAUCAGGAUUCUCGUGCAAUCGAAUCGAUUCUGAUAGCAACCAGUCGAGACUUUUUCCCCUUCGUUUUAGAAUUGAGGAUUGUUUACCUUUUCGUAACGGCACGUUUUAUCUUGGAUCACUUUUGUUCCUUGUAUUCUUUGUCCUGCUUCGAAAGAUACCGUAUCUAAUGUUUGACAAUUUACACAAGUUAAUUGAAAGAGCCUAUCGGCUAAAUAAGUGGCGAGAUAACAGGCUUACCAGUACAAGCCGUCCUAUAGGAAGGAAAACAGAAUUUUGACACUUUGCGCUGUAAGCGAGCUCAAAGUUUUUAUGGCAAAUGAUACUCGGAAAGGAUGCUGGUUACGGCGCAAGCAAAAACUGGAAGAAAAGGCAAACAGUGGGCAAAAAAUCGUUCCAAAAGAGUGACGCUAUUAAACACAGGGGAAAGUGGAAUAUUUAAGUUGCAGGAGUCGCAAACGAUUUUUCUCCAUAACGAAAACCCUAAAUCUUUUUGUCCGAUUACCAACGCAAUUUCUAAUUCGAUUUCUUCAGUUUUAAUAUAUAAAACAUUUGUACUAUACGUUAGUUUAACAGAAAUAUGAAUUUCCGGACAGAAAAUUCUAGUGGCGAGCCAAGAUUUUGAGAGCUUAAACUUAGUCACAUAACUAUUUUAACUUUUGGAAGUAUCGUCCCUUUGGUUUCAUACUUAAUUAAGUUUCAACGUUAUCUUCCGCUGUGAUACGCUUUUAUAAUUAGAAAAAGUAUAAUGAAUUUUUUAUAACAAUAAACCUAAACUUUUGCAGAGAGCUUAUUAAAUUAGUUACGAUGAAAUAUAAAAUAUUGUUUGGAGCACUGCAAGUUAAUAUUCGACGUAACAAAAGAUUUAUGAUUUUGUUCCAGUCAAAUGAUGGGUGCAGCGAGAUCGUGCCAAUGGUUGCUCAUAGGAAUAGUCCUCAUCGUAUCCUCGAAUCGUGCCACCAGUCAAACAGAGAUCUCAGGAUCGAGUCUUAGCAAGCCAAAGACGAUCUUCAGUUCCAGUUACAUUGAGCCGCGAAACAACAAUGGGAAUCGCACAGACUUAAUUCUGAAUUCGCCUCGCAGACGUCGAUAUGUUAGAUUUCCAAGUGGCCCAGCCGGCUAUGUUUUCGAGGGUGGUGGACCUCCUAUAGGGAGGAACAUCGGUGUGCCUCCUGGAGUUCGUUUUCCAUCCUGGAGACAGCACAAGUCGCUAUGGAGAAAUCCUAUUUCCGAGUACAACAGACCCGUGAUGGGUCAUCGAACUCCACGAUUGAUCUUUCGUGACAACGACAUCCCACCCCCGGUGGGUGGCAGCGCAUCCUCGUUUUUCCAACAGUCUAACCACUUGCCAGAUUUUGAGGACGAGAUCAGAGAUCAUCGAAAGCAAACCCUCGACGAUUACCCUAGGUUAGAAUCAGAGCCGCGUCAACAAAAAAGACCGCUGUGGAAGGGUGACGAUACGUUGUGCGCUGACGGACGAAGCUGCGAAUUUUUUCUAAUGUGCUGGAUGUCCGCUGGCCUUUUGGACGGCAGUUGCGGUGGCAUCAUGUACGCUUGUUGUCAGCGGAAAGAACCGAAAGGUAGCUCUGAUUAUAACCUGAUUGAGGCACCUAGAGAUCAAUCUCAGCCGCUUCCGUUGGAUACUUACACGGAGACCGCCAACGAUGAUCGCUGCGGGAUUCCCGUCUCGAAGCAAACCGCGCAAAGAAGAAUCGUCGGAGGCGACGACGCAGGAUUCGGCAGUUUUCCAUGGCAGGCGUAUAUACGAAUCGGGUCCAGUCGAUGCGGCGGCACUCUCGUUAAUCGAUUCCACGUCGUCACUGCUGGUCACUGUGUAGCUAAGGCAUCAGCUCGUCAAGUUCAAGUCACUCUAGGUGAUUACGUAGUAAAUUCCGCUAGCGAGACAUUACCAGCUUACACCUUCGGUGUCAGAGAGAUUCGCGUUCAUCCUUACUUCAAGUUCACUCCUCAAGCUGACAGGUUCGACGUGGCUGUUCUACGAUUAGAUCGACCGGUUCAUUACAUGCCUCACAUAGCGCCGAUCUGUUUGCCCGAGAAAAACGAGGACUUUCUAGGACAGUAUGGAUGGGCUGCUGGAUGGGGAGCGUUACAGGCUGGAUCGAGGCUACGUCCCAAGACGCUACAAGCAGUAGACGUACCUGUGAUAGACAAUCGAAUCUGUGAGAGAUGGCAUCGGUCCAACGGGAUUAACGUUGUGAUUUAUGACGAGAUGAUGUGUGCUGGGUACCGUGGAGGUGGCAAGGACUCCUGCCAAGGUGACAGUGGUGGGCCACUGAUGUUGGAGAAAACAGGACGAUGGUACCUAAUAGGUAUCGUUUCAGCGGGUUACUCGUGCGCUCAGCCAGGCCAGCCAGGAAUCUAUCAUCGGGUAGCUAAAACGGUCGACUGGAUAACCUACGUUAUCAAUUCGUAGCGAGACGAAUCAAAAAGGGAUAGAGAUUAUUCUCUGUAAAAACUUUGCAUGAAGCAAAGUUUACGACACGGUAUUGGAUAGGAUCUCUGACGAUUUCGUAACUGGCUGACAAAUGAUCGAAUGAUAGAUACCGAGGAUCUAGGAACUGUGUAACUGGGAAUUUCGACGAUUCUACGCUCGAGGAAUGUGAAACAUUGUGAUGAGAUAAUGUUUAAAGUCAGGAACAAAGUUGCCCGUCUUCGAGGUGGAAGAACUGUUGCUAUCAUGCAUCGAUUUCUAACAUAUAAUUCUCUAACGAAACGAGGUGAUGCGUGGAAAUUGUUUUAAUUUGUAAGUCGCGCCCGGUGAACUUUCUUUCGUCGAUUAUCUAAGCCUUCCGAGGCAAAAAGCGUCUACAUUCUUGACGUACGGUGUGAAAUGUAACGAUGUGGAUAUUUUGUAAAUUAAGUGCGUGUGAUAUUCGUUUGUAUUCGCGCUUAAUAAAUGUUCAGUUUUUUAUUUUAUCAUUUUCUAUCCAUUUCUUUUUGUGCGUUUUAACGGAUGGGACGAAAGAACAAGGCUUUUACAUUAAAAACAUACUUUGUUAUUCGACAACCGCUAUAAUUCAACGCAAGCUUGGCGUUGCAAAUGAUAGAAUAACGCGCUUAAGUAUAUAUUUUUCAUUGCGUAUAUAAGUACACAUUUAUCUCGUUAUUCGGUUUAACAGUAAGUAUCUGCGACAACGAGCAUCGAAUUUCUGCAUUUGCAGAUCGCAGGACGUCGGCUCUUCAAGUUCUAUUAAAUAAGAUUAUCAUGGGAUAAACUACGGUAUAGUUACAAUUUUCCCAUCUUCACACCAACAAAAAAGUACACUAACUUCCCGCUUUCACGACGAAAUUUCAUUAUUUUUAUACAAAUAACUUUUUGUUCUACUAACGUCGAUAUCGCGUCGAGCGUCGUUUUAGGUUGUCCGAUAUUUUCAAUAACAACUGCCUGACUAUUAUACAGAAAAAAGAAAAAAGCUCGUCGUGAAAACGGGAAUAUGAUCAAUUCCCUAUAGUUUCCUAGUUUAGAAAAUUCAUUAGCAUUCGCAACCAUCUAUACAUCUUGUCACACAAAGCGCGUGAUCCAUGUAUUAUAUUAUCUUUAAUUUAUUUUUUAAGUAUAUCUUUGAAACCGCAGUGAAAAAAGACGGCGUCUAAACGCAAAAGAGAUCCC